CCUGGAGAAGAUUUGUCGGCGUGACCUGACCGACAAGCUGUUCGCUGAUCGUGCUGUUGACACCAGUACAGAGAGAACUGCGCUAACCCACCGUCCUUCUGAUCCAGACACUGAGCAAACUGUGCCUAAGCAGCUGAUGUCAGAAGACACCCCAUGCUCUGCACGUUCUGAAAAACAAAAGUGCCUCCCAAGGUUGCUUAAGACUCUUAAAGAGCGUCUCACAGUCAGGCGGAGAGCUGUCAUUGGUAUCCAUUGAAACAAUGUGAUGUCGAAAACAUAGGCUCCCAUGCAUCGGACCAAUCAUCCCCUCAUAAUGUCCACGCCUUGUCGCGGUGUGAGGGCUUGCGUGCCUCCGUGACCCCGAGAGCUAUGCCAGCGGGCAGUUUCACCCAUGCUGGACAGGUCAAGGGGUAGAGGCCAGACUAAAUGUGGACAACCUCCCAUUGAGCUAAAAAAAAAGGUUAGCCGGGUAUAAUUCACAGGCCAGGGGUAGAUUCCAGUCUGCUACACCUGGUAUCAAAGUCAUCAGUGCUAUAGUCUUGUUCAGUUUUGUGCUCGUAAAAUUGACAAGGAUAUUACCCAGGCUAAACUGUUACCUACUGUUCUCAGAAGUUUGUCUGAGCUACAUUCAGAAAACAGUAGUUAUGGUGUUAACAAUUUGAAUUUAACAAUUUCUGGAAAGGAACAUUUUUUUGUAAGUUGUAUCCCAGAACUUGGUCCUAAUGUCUGCAGCAACUUUGGAAUAAAGUUGACUGCAUAAGAUAUUUGUGUGUUCUUUGUGUAACAGAAAUUUUCUUUGCACAAAACAGCCAAUAAAAUUUGUUCAUGAACCACAGCAAACAGAUGAUUGGGGGGGGGCUACUUAUGAAAUGUGACAGUCUGUCAAAACAUGCUUCUCAGCCAACGGAUGGUAAAAUAUUACAAAGUAAACAGAUAUGGUAUUUCAAAAGGCAUUGUCGGCCAUAUUUACUGGUUCGCGAUAGUAUCUACCAGGAAACCAGACUACAAAAUGAUAGUACAUAUACAAGGACAUGCGAUCAUACUUCCCUCCUGAUAAGAGGACGAUGAUGAAAUAUUUAUUGUUUAUUAUGUGAUAAACUGAUGCUAUACAUACGUGUUUCUUAACGUACGUGAAAAAUUAGUUGCGAGAGUAAAAGGCAUGGAAGAGUAACUUAUGAAUUGAUGACGUUAAACGGUCGGCAGGUAGCCUGUGUUUGUUUGCAUUUUUUCAUGUCUUACGUGUGGGAUGAAAGACAAAGAUUAAACCUCAUUUUUUACCAAAAUCAAGUGGUAUUUAAAGUUACUAAGGCUAUAAGAUGUCAAACAAGUAUCCAGAAACACAUUGCAAAAGUAAUUUUCAAGUUCAACCAACUAUCUCUGAACGCCCUGUUGAAGUUUGUCCAAUGGUUGUUCGCAAUGCACCUGGCUGUAAUUUAUCUGGAGGGUCGGGAGGGGGGGGGGGGGUAAUGCUGUAUAAUGCAACUGCCCCCUUGUCCAAGUUCAAUAUCAAGUGGUUGAUACAAUUGCGUUUUGGUCUUCAAUGUGUAAUUACGUCUAAGCAUAGAACAGAAUCGAACAACAGAUAAAUUAGUCCAAUUUUGGUACCAUAUAUAUAUGUGGUCACGAACAGGUGUAAUCAAAGAGGCAAUGACGUCAAACGGUCGCUCAGGUAACGUCGUCAGGAGAAUGACAAGUGUUUACCUUUUUAAGAAACCCGAGACAGACCUUCGCCAUUUUGGUCUGUCACCCAACGUUCGGACCUGCUCUCAUAUCGAAGGUUACAAAAUGGAAGGGACAGAUCUGACACAGGAGCUCCAAACUGUGGCAGACUACAUCGGAAAAGACUGGAAACGCCUUCUCCGCCGACUUGGCAUGAAAGACAACGACCUUGACCUGAUCCACCACGACUACAUGGAUGCUGGCCUUGUCGAGAUGGUCUACCAGGGUCUCCGCAAGUGGACCCAGCAGGACGGAGAGAGGGCGACUCUGCAGAAGCUGCUAGCCGGUCUGGAGAUGAUUCGUCGCCGUGACCUGGUCAACAUGCUGUCCGCUGGCGCCGAUGCAAGCCCAAGUGUGCUCAGCCAGAUUCGUCAUGAUCUGCCUGAGCACACUGUGCCAAAGCAGCCGAUGUCAGCGGGCAUCCCAUGCUCUGCACGCUUCAAGAAACGCAAGCAUCUUCCAGGGUUCCUGAAGACCCUGGUCAAGUCGACCUAAACGCCCGGGCAGAAUGUGGUUCCUGUGGUUCCUAACAUCGACGAGCCGACAGGACAGCGCGAAGCCUCCCAACGUCAAGGACUCAGAGUCAAAGACUUGACGAUGCGCCUAUCGUGAAGAUAGCGCAAGGCCUACAGUGAUGCGCCGAUGGGAUAACGUAAGGCCUACAGUGAUGCGCUCUCGAUAUCGGGCCAUGAUACCUACUAAAAUGCCUACUUUAAUGCACCCACGGGGUAUAUGCAACGCAAGGCCUAAAAUAAUACACCCACGGGGUAGCGCACUUGGCCUAAAUUAUGCGCCCAUGGGAAACGCAAGACCUUAAUUGAUGCGCUUAUCGCGAAGAUAGCGCAAGGUCUACAUGUAAUGACGCGCCCAUUGGGAAACGCAAGGCCGCUGCACCCACGGGAUAACCUUGGUAAAGGCCUACACUAUGAUGAAUCCACGGGGUGGCGCAUUUAGGCUUAUACUGACGAUUCGUGCCCACACUGUACAAGUGUACACAGCGCAGGCCUACAUGUAACGGUUCAAUGAAAUUACAUGUUCAUGUAUGAUACGCCCACUUAGUUAGCGCAAGGCCUACUAGUAGUACACUUAUUUUUACCUAACGUUGACUUGGUGAUGCGCCGGGAUGAUGCAAGGCCUAUUGGUAGUCUCUCUAGCAAGCUUCUCUGUUAAACUUUCUUUUGGCUUGUCUUGUGCUGUUUCCUGACAGUGCAUCUGAUGAAUCAGUUCUGUCUGUACCCGGUUUUUGACAAACACCCAGGCUAUAUAUUACUGUAACAUGCAUGUAGAAAACAGCACAUGAUAAGCAAAACAAGUCUGAAGAGGAGCCUGCUAUAGAGACUAACUUUUGGCACAUUGUUUUAGCAUAAGGCCCUCUUAAGAUUAGAUUCACGCGAUGACUAAAAACAAUGCCCCACUUCGCUUUGCUUACAGCUCUUCUGUAGUAUUUUCCCCUCUUAAAUGUCAUUCUAAAAUGGGUGUUAAGAGACAUCAUGUUGUUCUUCUUGUCUUGUGGUAUUUCUAUCAGCAGCAUUUACAAAUAUUAAAGGUUUGACGCUUUCGUUUUUCUACCAAACAAUGUUCCGUAUGGGGUCAGGUGGAAAUAUACAUUCAAAAGUUUAUUUUCUUCAAUUUUGGGUGAAAUUUGGAUAGGGUUGCACGAUUGACAAGGAGGGGUGACUCAGGACCCUAACACCAGUCUAGUGUAGCAGACAGAAUCUACCCCUGGCAUAAUUAUACCCGGGUAUAAUUCUGGCAAGGGUGGACUCUUGUCUCCUACUGUCUUCCACAUUCACCAGUUUUGCACUUCUGAAAUUGACGAAGAUAUUACCCUGGCUACACUUGAUACUGUAAACAGAAAAUGUCAACAGUUACGAUAAAAAAAAUCAAAUUUAAGUAGAGUCCAUUCCAAGUCACCAUGAGGGAUUUUAGGUGAUAUUUGUAAUAAGUCUGAAUUAUUUUGAAUAAA